GUAUAUUUGGGAAUCCACAGUGCAGCGUACUGGGCCGUCGUUAUUUAAUUUGAACGCAACAGUAAAAAUGGUCAAAUGAUCUGGAUAUUGAUUUGGUAUUACUGUAAUAAAAAUACUGUCUGCUCCUAAUUGUUUAUUUGAGAUAACAACAUUAGACAACAAGAGCGGUAAGCGUAUGUGGCAACAUUAUUGACAGCUGACUGGGCUGACAGUGACAGUGACAACUAAUAGAGUACCGUUUACUUUUGCCGUUUAGAAUGUUAAAUUAUUAUUUAUUUGGAACGAAACGAAAGUAUCGAAAGUUCAAACAAGUGGCUUAGUCCCGUUAUAAAAGAGUGAAAUUGCCGUUUUGUGAUUUAAAGACAUUCUGGUCCCAGAAACAUGCUGAACACGCUAGAUUUUAUAUUCCUAAACCUUGCCUUCAUGGUUACGUGUACAGGAUAUCUAAUAAAUAAUUACGAAACGUAUGUGCCAGCUUUCAUAAUUCAGGGUUUCAAGUAUGGCAGUUUCGCGUAUCAAGGGAAUGGGGCCAUUUUCAUACAAGCAAUUGAAAUACCGAAGUCAUAUUACAGGCAUUUUUAUUCAUUUUCGUCGGUGCUCAGUGCAUUAACAUUAGUUUACAUGUAUUUGAUUUAUUUUCUGGAUUUUAGUGUGAAUAAGUAUGUUGUGAUAUUUUUGAACAAGAUCUUAGAACAAAAUGAACCAACAGUGUCAGCAACUGCAGCACUCAUUGCCAUGUCCCUGCUGACCAUUCAAUGCGCCCGAAGAUUUUAUGAGACACACUACCUCCAGAUCUUUGCCAAAAACAGCAAGAUGAAUUUGAGUCACUACCUCGCCGGUAUUAUCCACUACUUUGCCUGCAUUAUAGCUGGUGUUGGUGAAGCUCCUUUGUUUUGUGGAAACCAAAACAGAAACACUAUGAUAUGGACCGACGCUCGCACCAAAUACCUUUCUAUUCCCUGCAUCCUGAUCUUUCUGUGGGCGUGGUACGAACAGUACCAAAGCAAUGUCAUCUUUGCCAAUCUUCGCAAAGACAAAAAGUCGGGCCAAGUAGUAACAGAGGACCAUGGGAUACCGCACGGAAGGAGGUUCGAGCUGGUGUCGAGCCCCCACCGAAUGUGCGAGGUGAUCAUGUACACGGCGCUACUGCUUCUGGUACCGACGAAAACAUACUUCUGUAUUUAUCUGUGGGUGCUUGGAAAUCAGAUCCAGACUGCGAUUCAAGCCAACGAGUGGUACAAGGCAACGUUUAAAACGUAUCCAAAGAAUAGGAAAGCCAUUUUUCCUUAUGUAUUUUAAGACUGAACCAAAUUUAAUUGAAUUUUAAAAAGGCUAAACAUACCGCCGUGUAGGGAAUAAGAAGAAACAUACUCGUAAAAUGUAGUUUAUAAUUUGUUACUAACUCAAAUAUUUAUUUAAAUUAAUAGUGACAUUCCAAUGCCUUUAUCAAAGAGAAUUUGAAAUAGAGGUGUAUUGUCAAAAAAACUUUGUAGCGACAUACACUUACUGGCAUCUGUCGACACAUGAUUAAAACUUUUAGAAUGCCAUUUGUCUUUGAUCCUUAUUCUUUCACUGAUUUGUGUGUUUGUUAAAUAUCAAAAAGUGGCGACAACUUAUAGAUCAAAGGUCAAAGGUAAAGCAGCAUCGUUUUGAGCGAUGGCACCAUAACCUUUAGAUAGUGGCCACUUGAAAGAAUAAGGAUCAAAGUCAAAUGGCGUUCUAAAAGUUUUCAUUAUGUGUCGAAAGAUGGCAGUAAAUUUACGUCGCUACAAAGUUUUCUUUGACAAUACACCUGUAUUUCAAAUUCUCUUUGCCUUUAUCAAAGAAUUGUAAUUAUUUUACAUGUUAUUCCGUCUUAAUAAGAGAAGCUACUUAGAUAUUUUAUUUUUGUUAUAGGUUAGGUAAAAAUAUUAAUUAUGGUUGAUAAUUUAUUCAUAUGUAAAAUAAAUCUAAUUGACACGUCACAUUCUCGACAGUAGCGUAGUAGCGUAUCACAACUGAGACGGUUCGUGGGCUGUUUGCGCGGAUCCAUAUUAAUUUGGACUGUAAUCAAGUUUUUAACUUUUAAUCUAGGGCCAAGGGGGCCAUGGCCCGGGGCCUGCCGCAAAGGGCAGCAAAACAGUAUUGUUUUUCCUUUGAAUUAAAUAUUUAAUCAUAUGGGGCGGCGAAUCUAAUUGGCCCGGGCGCCAAAUAUUUAAAUACGCCCCUUACUUGCUGGGCAUACUUGAACUCAACCACGCAACAGUAUUUCACGGACCGACUCAGGUGGCAAGCCUAUAGCGAGGGCUCGCGCCAAGUGUAAUUUUAAUACCAAAAUAAUACCUUUGACAAGACUGAUGGAAAAUCGAUCGAAUGUUUACAAUAUUUUGGGUUUAUUAACCUUUUAUUUAUAUAAAAAGUGGUCACCACGAGUAUUUUAUAUAAAACAGAAUAAUAAAGUACGGUUCAUUGUACUAAAAAGAGACGCUUUCACAUAGAUUUUCGUACGUUGACCCGCCGCUUGCUAUCUUUAUUGCACGCGCAUAACUAUUUAUUUAUCUAUUAUUCAAAUAAGUGACACAGCAUUGUGUGAAACUACAAAAUAAAAGGAAAUACAAGGAAACAAAAAAACCAAAGACAAACAUUAGAUUUGGGCGACGACAUAACAGCGUGGCAGCGUCUGACUUGGUGUAGGAUUCGGCAGAAUAGUGCUCUCAAGCAAGCACAGUGACAUUGACAACCAGCAAUAUAAUCACGCGCGUGCAAUAGAGAUAGCAACAGGCGGGUCAAUGUACGAAAAUCGAUGUGGAAAGCGUCUCUUUAUUUGUACUGUAACUUUUUCGGCUAUAGUCAACUGUAGCAGUCUUAUUGCUCAGUACUCCUAGCAGGAGUGCACCGCGACAAUUAUAUUUUAUUUUUCUAGUAGUCUUUUUCACCCGCGAUAUGCUAUCGCGGCGCACUUGUGCAAGGAGUGUAGAAAAGAGUAAACUAUUGUUUCUUAUUAAAGUGGUACACAAAGUAAAAUA